AAGGCACUGCUGGUCAAGUCACGUGAUUCAUCGUCACAUUCGGAGCUGCCUCUAGCGGAGCGCCGCCAUGUUUGUCUGCAGCUGUGUUUCUGGCGAGGAGAACCAGGAGCUAAUAGCCAACGUUGUUGUGCAAAGUAUAAUUUCUCCACAGCCAACAUGUCUAAACUAAAUGUGCUUAAAGAAUUUAUCAGGGAUAUAUUAGCAAUGGCAGCUUUGGAGAUUUUCGGAGUCGUUGAAAAAACGCUUGCUGAGUACAACGAAGAAAUCUCUCGCUCCGAGGAGGAGAGGAAGCGGCUACAACGGCUGUUAGACGUUGUUACUCAACCAAAGAUUAAGCUACUCCGAACAGAAGUGCAGCAGCUCUCUCUCCCGGAGCCCCCACAGAUUAAAGAGGAACAGGAGCUGUGGACCAGUCAGGAGGAAGGGCAGCUCCAAGGACUGCAGUCUGAAACUACAGACUCCAUAUUCACCCAGGAAUCAGAGUUUUCAAAUUUGAAAAUGUCCAAAUUACAUAUGAUGAGAGAAUUUUUCAGUGAGAGAUUAUCAACAGCAGUUACUGAAAUUUUUGGAUCCAUUGAAAUAACUUUUGCUGAGUACAAAGAAGAAAUCUCUUGUUCCAAGGAGGAGAGUAAGCGGCGGUUGAUGAACGUUGUUACUCAACCAAAGAUAAAGUUAUACAAAACAGAAGUGCAGCAGCUCUCUCUCCCGGAGCCCCCACAGAUUAAAGAGGAACAGGAGCUGUGGACCAGUCAGGAGGAAGAGCAGCUCCAAGGACUGCAGUCUGAAACUACAGACUCCAUGUUCACUUCUCUCAGUGUGGAACAUGACUGUGAUCAGGAGGGCUCCUCUGAAUGUUCACAUGUUGACCAGACUGUUAAAGUGGAGAACAGAGAAGGAGACUCUCUACCCAUCAACAAAACUGAGGAGCAAAUCAAAACAGAGCCUCAUGUACAAGACUAUGCAGCACCAGAACCAGGCAGUGACUCUCAGCCCCUCUCUGUUGUAGCUCCAGACUGUCCUGCAGCUCAGAGUUUGGAGGAACAUGGAGGAGUGAUGCCCUUGCGAGAGACGAUCAAUUCAACAAUAACACAAGUACAUUCAGCUGUGCCAGGUGGAAAGAUGCCACAGGGAAGUCCCACAGGAGUGAAAGUACAUCAGUGUCAAGAAUGUAGUAAGACAUUUAGUCUUGAGUCAAAUCUUCUUAAUCAUAUGAAGACACACACAGGACAGAAACCAUGUCAGUGUCAAGAAUGUAACAAAACAUUUAGUCGUAAGUCACAUUUGGUUGCGCAUAUGAGGAUACACACAGGAGAUAAACCUUAUCAGUGUCAACAGUGUAGCAAACUCUUUACUUUUAAGACUAAUCUUGUUGAACACAUGAGGAGACACACCGGAGAAAAACCUUAUCAGUGUCCACAUUGUAGCAAAUGUUUUGCUCAAAAGGGUGGUCUGAUUGAACACAUAAGGACACACACAGGAGAGAAACCAUUUCAGUGUCAAGAAUGUAACAACAGUUUCAGCCGCAAAGAUAGUUUGGUUGCGCAUAUGAGAACACAUACAGGAGUGAAACCGUAUCAAUGUCAGGAAUGUAGCAAACUCUUUACAUACAAGGUAAACCUGGUUCAACACUUGAGGACACACACAGGAGAAAAACCUUAUCAGUGUCAACAAUGUACCAAAGUCUUUGCUCAAAAUGGUAGUCUGGUUAAACAUAUGAGGACUCACACAGGAGAGAAACCAUUUCAGUGUCAAGAAUGUAACAACGCUUUUAGUCAUAAAGCUACUUUGGUUGAUCAUAUGAGGACUCACACAGGAGAGAAACCAUAUCAGUGUCUAGCAUGUAACAAGAGAUUUAGCCAGAACAAUCAAUUGGUGUCUCAUAUAAGAACACAUACGGGGGAGAAACCGUAUCAGUGUCAACAGUGCAGCAAACAGUUUGCUCAUAAGAGUCGUCUGGAUGGACACAUGAGGACACACUCAGGAGAGAAAUCGUAACAGUGUCAACAAUAUUGCACUUGGUCGUGAAUUUAAUUUGUCAGUGCACAUGACACAGUGUGAAGAAUGGAACAAGACUUUAGUUAACUUGUCCUUGUUAGCUUGUCCUUGUUAGCUUGAGAGCAAUGGCUGUAAGUUGUUUUUAUUCUUCACAUAUCAAAUGCUAAUGAGUAUUUUAGUUGUGUACGAUUCAUAAACAUAGAAUACUUUAAAGAUACAUUUAAGUCUCUCGUUGUGAACAUAGUUAGCAUAUAUGUAGCAUCAUAGCUUAAUGCUUUUACUUGUUUCAUAGCCAGUUUGAUGUUAUAGACAGCAGCAUGUUGGUUAUGGUAAACCUGCAGUUAGUAGGCUUAAUCACUAUUUAUUUUUCGCUGUUUUUUUACACUGAUUCAUUUAUAGAUUCACAUGCUUCUUGCUGGACAACUUUUUUAAUGCUCAUUAUCUUAUUAGAACUAGUAGGCUUGUCUUAUAGUAUAAUGGUGCAGCUAUUUUUAUCAAACAGUCAAUUACACAAAUUGAACAUUCAACAAUCAAUCAGAUCUAUUCCAUGUAAAUGCAAGUGUACAUGUGCAUAUCUAACACAAAUAAAUCAAUUAUUCAUGAAAGGAGUCUUGUGAGCAUCCAACAUGCUAGUGAUGUUACCUUAAUUAUUUUACUUAUAAACCUUCUGUCAUUUGUCAAAAUAGCUUAUAUGGUACAGCAUAAAACCAUAGCUCACCUGCAGACGGCAGUGUUUGAAUAUAA